AUGAAGUUUGCUUCUGUUGCGUUCUCUUUGGCGCUAAUUUCAUUUGCAUAUGCCAGAGAGCUUCAAUUGGCUGAGCCAUGUGAUGAAGAAAACUGUAAACUGCCAAUGUGCAGAUGUUCCUCUGUAAAUAUUCCAGGAGGAAUAGCACCCAGGGACACCCCUCAGUUUGUUACCCUAACAUUUGACGAUGCAAUCACCUCCAGCAAUGUACUAACAUACCGAUCUCUUCUUUAUAAUCGAAGGAAUAUAAAUAAUUGUACCAUUGGGGCUACAUUUUUCUUAUCACAUGAAUACUCUGAUUAUACUUUAGUCAACGAACUAUACAACAGAGGUUUUGAGAUCGCUCUGCACUCAAUUUCCCAUAUAGCCGACCAAGAAUACUGGAGAGACGCUACUUAUGAACGACUUAUGAAGGAAAUCGGUGAUCAAAAACGUCAAGUCGCACAUUUCGCAAAUAUACCAAUCAAUUCUAUUCAUGGAUUACGAAGUCCAUUCCUACAAAUGUCUGGUAAUUCGACAUACCAAAUGAUGGCAAGCGCUGGUCUCACUUACGAUUUAAGUUGGCCCACUAUCAAAUAUACUAAUCCUGGGCUUUGGCCGUACACGCUCCAUUACGCAUCUAUCCAAGACUGUAUCGUACCUCCUUGCCCUACCGCGUCUCUUCCUGGUUCUUGGAUCAUUCCUAUGAUAUCAUGGUCUGACUUGGAAGGAGUGCCUUGCUCAAUGGUUGACACUUGCUACUACAAUCCAGGUCCUAUUGAUGAAGAGGGGUGGUUUAACCUUAUUCUCAAAAACUUCGAAAGGCAUUACCUUACUAAUCGAGCACCAUUUGGUUUUUAUGUCCACGAGUGGUACGUUAGGGUAAACCCUGGGCUAAGGAUAGCAUUAACUCGCUUUUUAGACAUGAUUAACAACCUAAAUGACGUUUUUAUGGUAAAUGCCAAUGAAGUCAUCAACUGGGUACAAAACCCCAUUCCUGUCGAUCAAUAUGCUAAAAGACAAUGUAGAAACUGGACCACUACUCAAUGUCGACAAACGGCUUGCAAUGCAAUUACAGGCAAUCAUACAGAGAAAAUUUACUACAUGCGCGUCUGCAGUGACUGUCCAAGAGUAUACCCGUGGGUAAAUAACCCUCUUGGAGAAUAA